AUGACGGAUCCGACGGAAAGGAUUCCGACGCACCCGAGGGUGACGGCGCCACCCGCUAAACCGCCGCUAUUGGGGGUGACACCGAACCGACCACCGGGCAGCAAAGCAACGACAACUGACGCGGAACGAUUUUGGAGGACGGUGAUCUCGCGCCGCAUCCGAAACAACCCCGAGAUGCUCCGCCGCGGAGUGGCGGGACCGCGACGACCUCCAGAAGACAUCCCGGCGGUCGAGCUUAGCGAAGAGGAGGAUCCGCCGAGGGUCAACACCGUUUCCUCCUCCUCCUCCUCCCGGGCCACUGGACCUACAGUACGAUUAAUCGAGGUGAUGGCACCGCAUACGAUUAUUUUGAAAAGAGCCCCGGGGGCAAGAGGGAGCUCCGUCUCCGCAGCGGGGGCCGCCGCCCCGAGACCGGCGGAGAUCGAGACCGCCCGACCGACCGCUCAUCCCCGGAUUCCGAGGAUGAUCCACGCACCGGCCGACACCACCCCUGGGCUCGCACCGGCCAUUAGGGAUGCCCGAUCCAGCCCCGUCUCCUCCGGGGGGGGAGGGACAUUGCCGCGGAUGCCCCGCGAUCCCUUCUGUAUUAGACCGCCCCCCCGGGAGGAGAGGGAUGUGCAGGUGGAUGGAUGCCUGAUCCGGGUGCCCGUCGGCGUGAAACGCUGGCGCACCCGGAUCGGCAAAAUAAAAUACGCCCUCUGCCUCGUUCCGGAGACCGGGACGGUCCGACACUGGUCAAAGAGACAGUUGCCGUAA